UUAGAUCCAUGUGAUCAUCUACCUUUUUUCUUCCAGGAUCAAAUGACCCUACCUCCAUUUCUUUCUUUACAGAGCAAGCCCCCAUUACAAGCAAAAGAGAAAGGUGAAAGGAACCCCCAAAGAUAGAAGGAAAAAGACCUCACCUUUCAAAAGAAAAGCACCCACCCAUUAGAACAAGACAUGGAGGAGAAGAUGAUGAUGACUACCAGUAGCAGCCCAGAAACUAGCACAAACGAAACCACUACCACUUCAACUUUCCCAAGCUGGAAACUGUACGAAAACCCAUUUUAUAAUUCUCAACCUCAACAUCAAAACCACUCAGAAAAACAACCACAAUGCCAAAUUAGCACCACCAAGAACCAACAUUGCCUUCACCUCCCUAUCUCUGCUCGGAAGCUCGCUGCUUCGUUCUGGGAUCUCACAUUUUUCAAACCCGUAAUGGAGACUGAAAUGGAUUACACAAGAGCCCAGAUCAUGGAACUGAAAGCUGAGCUUGAAUACGAGCGAAAGACGCGAAAGAAGUUGGAGGUGAUCAACAAGAAGCUUGCCAAAGAUUUGGGUGAGGAAAGGAGGGCGAGAGAAGCAUUUGAGAAUGUGUGUGAAGAACUGGCGAGAGAGAUUUCAAGUCGAAAUUCAGAGAUUAAUAGGAUGAGGAAGGAAAUGGAUGAGGAGAGGAAGAUGCUGAGAGUGGCUGAGGUGAUUAGAGAAGAAAGAGUUCAGAUGAAGCUCUCUGAGGCCAAGUUUCUUUUUGAAGAGAAAGUAUUUGAGUUGAAUUCCAAACCUAUACGAAAUGAGAAGUCUGCUGCUUGUGUUGACAAUGAUGACCCAAUUUGUUCCAAUGUGGUUAGGACUAAUUCGAAGUCGGGGGCCUGCAGUGAAAAUAGUGGUGGAUUUUCGACAAUGGCGAUUCAGAGAAGGGCUUCACCGGAAUCGGAGAAUCCACACAUAAAGAGAGGGAUCAAGGGGUUUGUGGAAUUUCCGAGAGUGGUUCGAGCAAUUGGGUCCAAAAGUAGGCAUUGGGGUACAAAGCUAGAGUGCCAGAAAGCUCAGCUGAGGAUUCUACUGAAGCAAAAGAGCCCCAUCAGAUCCAAUAGUCUCAUUAUCAGUUAGUUCCUCUUGUUAAGCCUCUGUCUUUGUUGAUUAAUUUGCUCUAUGUUCUUCAGUGUAUAAUGUGUUCUAUAUCAUCUUAAAUAUGAUUUUAAACUUGUAAAAGUUGAAAGAGUACUGGAAUGAUGUUGAAAUUUUGUGCUCAAGUGCAUUUUUAGUGUAUGCAAUUACAAAAGUAUUGUUUUGGAUC